ACGUAAGAUAAGUUAAGGGUGUCUGGUCCGCCAGUUAAAUUCAUGACCGCAUAUAGCGAAAAUGGAAGCAUCAUCUCAUCAUCUCUUUGCACUCCCCUCGCGUCUUCUUCAUACACCUUCCUCUCCAUUGAUCUUCGCACCAAACCGGAAUCGUGUUCGUAUUGGGGCCAAAUCAUGUCCGGAGAAUCAGAGCUUCGACUUGGAUUCUUCCUCGGAUACUACCAACAAAACCCAGGGGGAUGAAAAAUCGAUGUCACGGAGACAGUGGAUGACGACAUGUGUUUGCUUAUCUCCAGCUUUGAUUACCAAUGCUUACACAUUUGUCUCUGUACAAACCGCAGCCGCUUUGGACAAGAAACCUGGAGUUUGCCGUAACUGUCAGGGCAUUGGUGCUGUUCUUUGUGAUAUGUGUGGGGGUACAGGAAAAUGGAAAGCUCUCAACCGAAAACGUGCCAAAGAUGUUUAUGAGUUUACAGAAUGUCCUAACUGCUACGGCCGAGGCAAGCUUGUUUGUCCGGUUUGUUUGGGCACAGGUUUACCAAACAACAAAGGUCUUCUUAGAAGGCCUGGUGCUCGUGAGCUACUCGACAAGAUGUACAAUGGUCGGCUUCUCCCCAAUUCAUGAGCAGGUUUAGGUCCUUUACAUCUCCAAAUGUAGAGUAUUGGUUCCUUUACUAGUUUAAAGCUUGACACGCUUCUCUCCCUGAUCCUUCUAUCUCUUGUAACUCUCGCAGAUUGUUUUUGCAAAUCUAAUUUUAAGCACAGGCCAUACAUGAUUAUAGAAGGAUGUAAUUCAAGAUGAUGUUUUGUAAUGAUGGUUGUACAUUCUUAUAAACAUAUAAGUUUUCUUCAAUAAACCUAUGUAAACUCA